CAACGUUGAUAAACUACCAAAAGUCUUGGAAAUAGAUGUUGGGUUCAAGCUUUGCUGGAGGUGUUUUUGUGUUAAAUAUUAAGAUACAUUAUGAUAUUGACAGAAAUUCUGACUUGAUGCUGUAGCCGUCCGUUUUGUUCUCAGAAAAUAAAGAGAAAGAACCAACUAUUCUCCAACCCAGUAUCUCUGGCCGCUUACAACAACAUCAUGACUUGGAUUCAGAUUGAACCGUUACCGAAUCCGUAAAAUAAAAAAAAUAAAACAUUUUUAUUAUUCUUUUUUUUUUCUUCCGCGACGCAGGAAGACUGUUUUCCCUGGAAACCGUUUUCAUCGUUCGCACUUCCGGGUGUAGCCUGCUCUGGAUCUGGCAACAUAUAUCGUCGCUGCAGCACCUCGGCUCGGCAUCCCGGAGACUCACUAGUCCGUGAUCAGCAUCAGCCGAGGUUUAGAUGUGUGUUAGAUAGCUAGAAGCAACACACCGCUGGAAUCAACCAAACCAGGACAGGACGCUGCUCAAACACACAACACGGAAGACCAUUUCUUAUCACUACUACACCUCUCUACGUCAACUGUUGCUUCUUUUCCCCACAUUUUAAAUGAAUCUUGUAAGAUUUAUGAAUAACAGAGUUCCGUCCAAUAAGAGGUAUCAACCCACAGACUAUGAACAUGCUGCAAACUGUGCUACACACGCGCUGUGGGUAAUCCCCAGCCUAUUGGGCAGCUCUGUGCUGCACUUCCUGUCUGAGGACCAAUGGGAGCGUGUCUCAGCCUGGCUCUAUGGGGCGGGGCUCACCUCCCUCUUCCUCAUCUCUACUCUGUUCCACACGGUGACCUGGAAGAAAAGCCACCUACGGUCUGUGGAGCACUGUUUCCACAUGUGUGACAGAAUGGUGAUCUAUUUCUUCAUAGCAGCCUCCUACGCCCCCUGGUUGAACCUGCGGGAGCUAGGACCCUGGACCUGUCACAUGAGGUGGUUGGUCUGGGUGAUGGCCUCUGUCGGAACCACAUACGUCUUCUUCUUCCACGAGAGGUAUAAGCUGAUGGAACUGAUCUGUUAUACAGUGAUGGGAGUGUUCCCAGCCUUGGUCAUCCUGUCCAUGCCGGACCGUGAGGGGCUGUGUGAGUUAUUAGUGGGCGGUGCCUGUUACUGUCUGGGCAUGGUGUUCUUCAAGAGUGAUGGCCUCGUCCCAUUCGCCCAUGCUAUCUGGCACCUGUUUGUUGCCAUGGGAGCAGGCGUCCAUUACUACGCCAUCUACCGAUACCUCUACACGCCAGCAGCCAAUCAGAUGAAGACAUCCAGAUGACACACGGAGACCGGGGGCGAGGGGUGAUGACGUCACAGGAAGUUGAAGGAAGGAGUGGACUUGUGAAGAAGUGAUGUCAAGAAAGGAGGGAUGGAGAGAUGUGAAUUUAACCAUAGAAACGUGGAGAGAUGUGAAUUGAACCAUAGAAACGUGGAGAGAUGUGAAUUGAACCAUAGAAACGUGGAGAUAUGUGAAUUGAACCAUAGAAACGUGGAGAGA